AUGAAGGACUCCAUCCCUAUUCCUCACGAGUGGUACCAGCCAGGGGACCUCCUCAUUGGUGGGACUGCUUUCUUGAGUCUUUACCAUUUCCAUGAACUAACCUUCGAUGGCCAUCCUUCACAGGAGCUGCUCAAGGUACCACAUAUGUUGACAAAGUUCUACCAGCACGUCCUUGCAUUGGUGUUUGCAGUAAAUGAGAUCAAUGAGAACCCCAAGAUCUUGUCCAAUGUCACUCUCGGGUUCCACAUCUAUGACAGCUACAGUGACCUGAGAAUGGCGUAUCGUACAACUAUGGAUAUGUUGUUCAAACUGCAUAGAUAUUUUCCAAACUAUGAAUGCGACACCCGGAAAAACCUAAUGGCUGUCAUUGGAGGACUCGGCUCUGAUAUCUCCUUAUGCAUGGCAAACAUCCUCCGUCUUUACAAGAUUCUGCAGCUCCCAUAUGGCUCAUUUGCCCCCAAGGAGAGGGAUGCAACACAAGUGACUUCAUUUAUUCAUAUGAUUCCUAACGAAUCUCCUCAGUAUAUGGGGAUUAUCUGGUUGCUUCAGCAUUUUGGAUGGAGAUGGGUUGGGCUCUUUGCUGCAGAUGAUGACGACGGAGAACAUUUCCUGCAGGUACUGGAGCCAUUGCUGUCCCGGAAUGGGAUAUGUUUGGACUUCACAGAAAGAAUCUUAAACCGAGAGCAUUUGAAUUCCUUUCAUGUUCUUGUAGAUUCAGUCUCAAAUAUAUAUGUGCCUCUCAUUGACAGCAAAGCCAACACAUUUAUCCUCUAUGGAGAUACAAAGACUAUUGGAGCACUUAAUACUUUGCUGCUAAUAGGCAAUCUGAAAUACAAGGAAAUCACCUCGUUUAGGAAGGUGUGGGUUAUGACUGCCCAGCUGGAUUUUGUAUUAUCAGGCCUUCAAAAGGGAUGGGAUUUUGAGUUCUUCCACGGUGCCCUUGUCUUCAGAAUUCACUCAAAGGAGCUUCUAGAAUUCCAGAAAUUUUUUCAGGACAUCAAACCUCCUGGGAAACAAGGAGACGGUUUCUUCAAGGACUUCUGGGAGCAAGCAUUCGACUGUACAUUUUCCAGUGCCAUGGAGCCAAUGGAUGUUAAUGAUUCAUGUACUGGGGAGGAGAAACUGGAGAGCCUCCCUGGGUCUGCUUUUGAAAUACACACAACUGGCCACAGCUACAGUAUCUACAAUGCUGUCUAUGCCAUAGGGCAUGCUUUGCAACUCAUUGACUCUUCCAGAUCCAAGCAGAGAUUGAUGACGGGUGGUCAAAGAGCUGAACUUCAAGAUGUCUCGCCUUGGCAGAUCCGCCCGUUCCUUCAAGGAAUUUUAUUUAAUAACUCAGCUGGUGAAACAAUAUCUUUUAAUGAUAACCGAGAAAUGGGAGCUAGAUUGAACAUAAUGAACUUUGUCACUUUCCCAAACAAAUCCUUCAAGAUGGUGAAAGUUGGAAGAGUGGAUCCCAGUGGUGUGGAAGGGAAAGAAUUCAUGAUUCAUGAGAAUUUGAUUGUCUGGCCAAGAAGUUUUAAUAUGGAGGAUUGUAUCAAAUGUCCAGAAGAUCAGCAUCCAAGGACAGAAGGUGAUCGAUGUGUGCCCAAGACUCUACAGUUUCUGUCUUAUCAAGAAAUUUUAGGGAUCACUUUGACGGCUGUUGCUCUUUCUUUUUCCCUGAUCACAUUUUGGGUUCUAGCAGUUUUCAUCACACACCAAGAUACCCCCAUAGUUAAGGCCAACAACCGCGAUAUCACCUACGCUCUCCUCAUUUCCCUCUUGCUGUGCUUCCUCUGUUCCUUGCUCUUCAUUGGACGACCUGGGCAGAUGACCUGUUCCAUCCAACAAUCUGCUUUCAGUAUCAUCUUCUCAGCGGCUGUUUCCUGUGUGCUGGCCAAAACCAUCACUGUGGUUGUAGCUUUCAUGGCUACCAAACCGGGAUCCAACAUCAGGAAAUGGGUGGGGAAAAGAUUGGCCAACUUCAUUGUCCUUUCCUGUUCCCUUAUCGAAGCAGCCAUUUGUAUCGUGUGGCUGGGAACCUCUCCCCCGUUUCCAGAUUCUGACUCACAUUCGCUGACCAGGGAGAUCAUAGUUCAGUGCAAUGAAGGAUCCGCCGUCCUGUUUUACAUUUCCUUGGGCUACUUGGGACUUCUGUCCCUCGUCAGCUUGAGUGUGGCUUUCCUAGCCAGGCAUCUGCCAGACAGCUUUAAUGAAGCCAAGUUCAUCACCUUCAGCAUGCUGGUAUUUUGCAGUGUUUGGGUGUCUUUCAUUCCAACUUACCUGAGCACCAAAGGGAAAUACAUGGUCGCCGUGGAGGUCUUCUCUAUCUUGGCAUCCGGUGCUGGGUUACUGAUCUGCAUCUUUUCCCCCAAAUGCUACAUUAUUGUUUUGAGACCUGAGCUGAAUAAUAGGGAACAGCUAAUUAGGAGGAAAAAAUAUUAA